CACUUGCUCGCCUCCUGCCUGGGUUUCUGACUUCAGGAGGGCGGAGGCAGCCCAUGUCAGAGCCUCCCGCGCCCCAGUGCAGCGCUCCCUACCCCGCCCCUCGGGACCCUUUAAGAGGCGGGGCUUGGCUGCCAGCUCCGCGGCCCGGGCAAAAGGCUGGGACUUUACUCCGGGUGGCGGCGAGGACGAGUCUGUGCUCCAUCAGCUGCCGCACUCGCCGCCUCCCGCCCCCAAACCCCAUCCCCGCGGUUGAGCCACGAUGAGCGGCAGAGUCGGGGAUCUGAGCCCCAAGCAGAAGGAGGCAUUGGCCAAGUUUCGGGAGAAUGUCCAGGAUGUGCUGCCGGCCCUGCCAAAUCCAGAUGACUAUUUUCUCCUGCGUUGGCUCCGAGCGAGAAGCUUCGACCUGCAGAAGUCAGAGGCCAUGCUCCGGAAGCACGUGGAGUUCCGAAAGCAAAAGGACAUUGACAACAUCAUUAGCUGGCAGCCUCCAGAGGUGAUCCAACAGUAUCUGUCAGGGGGUAUGUGUGGCUAUGACAUGGAUGGCUGCCCAGUCUGGUACGACAUAAUUGGACCUCUGGAUGCCAAGGGUCUGCUGUUCUCAGCCUCCAAACAGGACCUGCUCAGGACCAAGAUGCGGGAGUGUGAGCUGCUUCUGCAGGAGUGUGCCCGCCAGACCACGAAGUUGGGGAAGAAGGUGGAGACCAUCACCAUAAUUUAUGACUGUGAGGGGCUUGGCCUCAAGCAUCUCUGGAAGCCUGCUGUGGAGGCCUAUGGAGAGUUUCUCUGCAUGUUUGAGGAAAAUUAUCCCGAAACACUGAAGCGUCUUUUUGUUGUUAAAGCCCCCAAACUGUUUCCUGUGGCCUAUAACCUCAUCAAACCCUUCCUGAGUGAGGACACUCGUAAGAAGAUCAUGGUCCUGGGAGCAAAUUGGAAGGAGGUUUUACUGAAACAUAUCAGCCCUGACCAGGUGCCUGUGGAGUACGGGGGCACCAUGACUGACCCUGAUGGAAACCCCAAGUGCAAAUCCAAGAUCAACUAUGGGGGUGACAUCCCCAAGAAGUAUUAUGUGAGAGACCAGGUGAAACAGCAGUAUGAACACAGCGUGCAGAUUUCCCGUGGCUCCUCCCACCAAGUGGAGUAUGAGAUCCUCUUCCCUGGCUGUGUCCUCAGGUGGCAGUUUAUGUCAGAUGGAGCGGAUGUUGGUUUUGGGAUUUUCCUGAAGACCAAGAUGGGGGAGAGGCAGCGGGCAGGAGAGAUGACAGAGGUGCUGCCCAACCAGAGGUACAACUCCCACCUGGUCCCUGAAGAUGGGACCCUCACCUGCAGUGAUCCUGGCAUCUAUGUCCUGCGAUUUGACAACACCUACAGCUUCAUUCAUGCCAAGAAGGUCAAUUUCACCGUGGAGGUCCUGCUUCCAGACAAAGCCUCAGAAGAGAAGAUGAAACAGCUGGGGGCAGGCACCCCAAAAUAACACCUUCUGCAGCAGGCCUGGCCCCCUCAGUGUCUCCCUGUCAAUUUCUACCCCUUGUAGCAGUCAUUUUCGCACAACCCUAAAGCCUAAAGAAACUGGGCUGGAGGACAGACCUCAGGAGCUUUCAUUUCAGUUAGGCAGAGGAAGAGUGACUGGAGUGGGUCUCCUUGUCUCUCAAAUAUCUAAGGAGUCCCCAGGGGCUGCCCAUUGUGAUAGGAUCUGUCUGUCCUGUAAAGUGUGCCAACUUCACCUGUCCAGGGACAGCGAAGCUAAGGGGCGGGGGGUACCACAGGGUGGCAGCAGGGAAAAAAAUUAGAAAAGGGGGAAAGAUGGGGACGUAACACUUCAGGGAAGUCAGCUGCCGGGGAGAAACUUGCUCCUAAAUGAACACCUAAGUUGAGAUCGCAAUGAGAAGUAGCAGGGUAGCUGGUUGCUAGAGUUACGGUGGGGAUCAGAAGCUCUUCCAAACUUUUUAGCACUGAGGCUUGGGUGACUUUUGGCUUUUCCCAGGUCUCAGGAGGUGGCCUGAGUCAGCACAGAUCUUCCCACUUACGGCUAGACAGGCUGGCCUCUCCCUCACUUUGAGACUUUAGCAACUCCUGGGCCACACAGCCUGCCUCUUUGAUUACUAAUGAUUGUCAGUGACUCAGAGCUUCCUGGGACUUCGGGUACCCACCCGCUGUUCUCCAUGCAAAGCACAAGGGAAAUGACCCCCAGGGAUCACAGCUGUAGGGAGGGCCAGGGAGGUUAGGGGUGGGAGUGAAUGCUAAAAGCAGAUCUUCCAGUGCCCUUUUCAGUGCUACCGGCCUCUCACCAAGCAGUCCUCCAUGUGAACAACCCCGAGACAGAAAUGCUAAGUCGGAUCAAGAGAGCAGCACUCGGAGAGGGUGCCCAACAACCCGCUUCCUGACUGACCUGAGCAAGGUCUUAGCAGUCCCACCUCUGUGGACGCAUACCACGCGUGCAGGGAGUUCAGAUGCCGGUCGGCAUAGCCAGGCCUGGAGGCCCCCCAGGCAGGAGGCCGCCCAAAGGCGGGGCCAGAGUCUCGCAGACCAGGGGCUGGGGGCGGCCACAGACGGCCUCGAAACCACAGCCCUUACCCCAAUCCCACGAGCCCCGCCAAAGAACCACAGGUGCCGGGCUGCACAGAACAUGGGAAGGCGGCCCCAGAUCUGGCGGGAACGCCUUUCCCUCAGAGCCAGGCCCCGGCCCCGCCUGGGAAGCUCAUUUUGCGAAGCUGAGGGAGCUCGGGGUAAAGGCCGGGCUAGCGCGCACCGGAAGAGGCCGAGGCUGCACGGGCCUCUGCCAGACCGCUCAGGACAUCCCGGCCUGGGUUUACAACGCUGUUAGGAAACUUAACCAGUGAAUAAAACAACGUUCAGUGUGCA